AUGAGUGACAACUCGGACACAAACGUGAGCAUGCAGGACCAUGAUCAACAAUUUGCUGAUCCCGUAGUGGUUCCGCAGUCAACUGACACUAAAGAUGAAAAUACUAGUGACAAAGAUACUGUUGAUAGUGGCAAUGUGACCACAACGGAAAGUACAGAACGUGCAGAAAGUACAAGCAAUAUUCCCCCUUUAGAUGGGGAAGAAAAAGAAGCAAAAUCUGAGCCACAGCAACCUGAGGAUAAUGCAGAAACGGCGGCCACAGAGCAGGUUUCAUCUAGUAACGGGCCUGCUACAGAUGAUGCCCAAGCAACUUUGAAUACGGAUUCAUCCGAAGCAAAUGAAAUUGUCAAGAAGGAAGAGGGCUCUGAUGAAAGGAAGAGACCUCGCGAAGAGGACACCAAAAACAGUGAUGGUGAUACCAAAGAUGAGGGCGAUAACAAAGAUGAAGACGAUGAUGAAGACGACGAUGACGAUGAUGAUGAUGAGGACGAUGACGAUGAAGCCCCAACUAAAAGGCGUCGUCAGGAGAGGAACAGAUUCUUGGAUAUUGAAGCUGAGGUUAGUGAUGAUGAAGAUGAAGAUGAAGAUGAAGAGGAUUCAGAGUUGGUUCGUGAAGGUUUCAUUACCCAUGGUGAUGAUGAAGAUGACGAAGCAAGUGCUCCAGGCGCAAGAAGAGACGAUAGAUUACAUAGACAACUGGACCAAGAUUUGAACAAGACUUCAGAAGAAGACGCUCAAAGGUUAGCGAAAGAAUUAAGGGAGCGUUACGGUAGAAGCAGCUCCAAGCAAUACCGUGCUGCUGCUCAAGAUGGUUACGUGCCCCAGAGGUUUCUCCUACCAAGUGUUGAUACAGCUACCAUUUGGGGUGUGCGCUGCAGACCAGGUAAAGAAAAGGAAUUGAUUCGUAAGUUAUUAAAAAAAAAAUUCAAUUUGGAUAGGGCGAUGGGUAAGAAAAAACUGAAAAUUUUAUCCAUUUUCCAAAGGGAUAAUUACACAGGAAGAAUCUAUAUCGAAGCCCCUAAGCAAUCCGUUAUUGAAAAAUUUUGUAAUGGUGUUCCAGAUAUUUAUAUUUCUCAAAAAUUGCUAAUUCCUGUCCAAGAAUUACCUCUAUUACUAAAACCAAACAAAUCUGAUGAUGUUGCUUUGGAAGAAGGUAGCUACGUUCGUAUUAAGAGAGGGAUCUAUAAGGGUGACUUAGCUAUGGUCGACCAAAUUAGUGAGAAUAAUUUAGAAGUUAUGCUGAAAAUUGUUCCUCGUCUGGAUUAUGGUAAAUUCGACGAAAUUGAUCCAACAACACAGCAACGUAAAUCCAGAAGACCAACUUUUGCUCAUAGAGCACCACCGCAAUUAUUUAAUCCAACAAUGGCUCUAAGAUUAGACCAAGCUAACCUGUACAAAAGGGAUGAUCGCCACUUUACUUAUAAGAAUGAAGAUUAUAUCGAUGGUUAUCUGUAUAAGUCCUUCAGAAUUCAACAUGUGGAAACCAAAAAUAUUCAGCCAACUGUGGAGGAAUUGGCAAGAUUCGGUUCCAAAGAGGGCGCGGUAGAUCUAACAUCAGUUUCACAAUCAAUCAAGAAGGCUCAAGCUGCAAAGGUCACUUUCCAGCCAGGUGAUCGUAUCGAAGUUCUAAAUGGUGAACAACGUGGUUCCAAGGGUAUUGUAACAAGAACCACGAAAGAUAUUGCUACUAUCAAACUAAAUGGCUUUACAACGCCUCUAGAAUUUCCUAUCUCUACUCUGAGGAAAAUUUUCGAACCUGGUGAUCACGUUACUGUCAUCAAUGGUGAACAUCAAGGUGAUGCUGGUUUAGUUCUUAUGGUAGAGCAAGGUCAAGUGACAUUUAUGUCAACUCAAACAAGCAGAGAAGUUACCAUUACAGCAAAUAAUCUGUCCAAAUCCAUCGACACUACAGCUACAUCAAGUGAAUAUGCGCUACAUGACAUAGUCGAAUUGAGUGCUAAAAAUGUUGCUUGUAUUAUUCAAGCUGGCCACGAUAUCUUCAAGGUUAUUGAUGAAACUGGUAAAGUGUCGACAAUUACGAAGGGGUCUAUCUUGAGUAAAAUAAAUACUGCUCGUGCACGCGUUUCUAGUGUCGAUGCAAAUGGUAAUGAAAUCAAAAUUGGUGAUACCAUAGUAGAGAAAGUAGGUUCACGCAGAGAAGGUCAGGUCCUGUACAUACAAACACAACAAAUUUUUGUUGUUUCAAAGAAGAUUGUUGAAAAUGCAGGGGUUUUUGUUGUUAACCCUAGUAACGUUGAGGCCGUGGCAUCCAAGGACAAUAUGUUAAGUAACAAAAUGGAUCUAAGUAAAAUGAAUCCAGAAAUCAUUUCUAAAAUGGGACCUCCAUCAUCUAAGACAUUCCAACAACCCAUCCAGUCCAGAGGAGGUCGUGAAGUUGCACUCGGCAAAACAGUAAGAAUUCGUUCUGCUGGUUACAAGGGUCAAUUAGGUAUUGUGAAAGAUGUGAAUGGUGAUAAAGCUACUGUCGAAUUACACUCGAAGAACAAACACAUUACAAUUGACAAGCAUAAGUUAACAUAUUACAACCGUGAGGGAGGUGAAGGUAUCACGUAUGAUGAAUUGGUUAAUAGACGUGGUAGAGUUCCACAGGCCAGAAUGGGCCCAAGUUACGUCAGUGCCCCAAGAAACAUGGCCACUGGCGGUAUUGCAGCAGGUGCUGCGGCUACCUCUUCUGGUCUUAGCGGUGGUAUGACACCAGGAUGGAGCUCCUUCGAUGGUGGCAAAACACCAGCUGUAAAUGCGCAUGGAGGCUCAGGUGGUGGCGGUGUCUCCUCAUGGGGUGGUGCUUCCACUUGGGGUGGCCAAGGUAAUGGAGGUGCAUCCGCUUGGGGCGGUGCUGGCGGCGGUGCCUCAGCUUGGGGCGGCCAAGGUACUGGUGCUACUUCUACUUGGGGUGGUGCUUCAGCCUGGGGUAACAAAUCAAGUUGGGGCGGUGCAUCCACUUGGGCGUCGGGUGGUGAAUCUAAUGGUGCCAUGUCUACUUGGGGUGGUACCGGUGAUAGGUCAGCCUACGGCGGGGCUUCCACCUGGGGAGGAAAUAACAAUAAUAAAAGUACAAGAGAUGGCGGAGCUUCUGCAUGGGGUAACCAAGACGAUGGAAAUAGGUCUGCUUGGAACAACCAAGGAAAUAAGUCAAACUAUGGUGGUAACAGUACAUGGGGAGGUCAUUAA